AGCCAAUCAACCGUAACCCACAGAGCCCUAAUCGCGAAAAUCGCAUUUGGCGACAAAAUUUGGAACAACCAUCAUUCCCGAACUUCAAACUCGGUCGAUUCCGCCCUCACGUCGACAAACAGCCAAGAUGGUUCGGUACGCCGCGACUGAGAUUGCGCCCGCCAAGUCGGCCCGCGCCCGCGGGUCGUACCUCCGUGUCUCGUUCAAGAACACCCGCGAGACCGCUCAGGCGAUCAACGGCUGGAAGCUGCAGCGCGCCCAGAAGUUCCUCGAGAACGUCAUUGAGAAGAAGGAGGCCGUCCCCAUGAGGCGCUAUGCCGGCUCCACUGGCCGGACCGCUCAAGGCAAGCAGUUCGGCGUUACCCGCGCCCGCUGGCCCGUCAAGUCCGCCCAGUUCCUCCUGGGCCUCCUCAAGAACGCCGAGGCCAACGCCGACGCUAAGGGUCUCGACACUGGCAACCUGAUCGUCAAGCACAUUCAGGUCAACCAGGCUCCCAAGCAGCGCCGCCGCACAUACCGCGCCCACGGUCGCAUCAACCCCUACAUGUCCAGCCCUUGCCACAUCGAGCUCAUCCUCACUGAGGCCGAUGAGGCCGUCCAGAAGGCCGAGGCGGUUGUCCGCGACGAGUCCCACCUUACCUCGAGGCAGCGCGGUAUCCGCAUCCGCCGGGCUCUCACCGCUGCUUAAGUCGGGAGUUGUUGGUUGAGUGGGGAAACGGGGGAUUCUGUUUGACACUGGGCUUGACUUUCUUCCGGAACGGUGUACGCGAGCAUGGCAUUUUUUCGGGUCAAGGCUACGAUUCCACAAAAGAAGGAGUCGGUCACGAACACUCAAUAAAGAAGCAUUGAGGACCAUGAUGGUGCACGCGGAGCCGGAUGGGAUACAUGGGCGUUAAAGCGAAUAUCACUGCCUUGACUCGAUUGCCGCUGCGACGGGCCGCUCCGACGAUAGAGGAAGACAUGCAUUCCGGUCAGUCCGUGUUCGUGUUAUGCUGGUGAACCGUUUCUUGUGACUUGAGAUGGACCCAGCAUCGCUACGGUGAUGAGUGGUGGUCGUUGCUCGUGUUCGCUAGAGGAGCUUAAGAGACCGCGCUGAUUUCACCGUAAUAAAUCAUUUCCUCUGAGUUCGGCACAUCCACCUCUCUGCAUA